AUGAAAUUACAAAUUACUUUUAUAAUUCUUGCAUGUAUGGUACAAAUGAAAUGUAAUGCUAUGGAAACUUACAAUGGACUAGGAACAAUUUUUCGGAAUGUUCUUCAAGAAUAUGUAUCACCCGAUUGUACUAAAUAUGCAAAUGAUGAUGAAGUUUAUAAAUCAUUUCCAUUUGAACUUGAUUUUAAUUCAACAAGACGAGAUUUUUCAAACACUUAUGCAAUGAAAAAUGGAAAUGGAGAUAUUAUUGUAUUAAAUAUUAACAAACAAGAAUAUGUUCCACCAUCACUCUUUUGUUUAACAGAUUUACAGGAAUUACAUGUACAUAAAACAAAAUUUCAUACGUUUGAUCUUGGAUUACCAAUUGCACUCGAACGUUUGGCAUCAACAUUGAAAUAUCUUACUAUUUCUGAUACACCUAUUCGUUAUCUUCCCGAGCAAAUUGGUAGAUUGAUAUAUUUGAAAACACUCGAUUUAUCGAAUACUGGACUAACAAUUCUUCCAAAGUCAAUUGGCAAAUUAGCAUCAUUAACUUAUUUAAAUUUAUGUGAUAAUAAAUUAAUAUUAUUACCAUCAACCAUUAUAAAUACUCUCUCAUUACAAACGUUAAUAUUAGAUAAUAAUGCUGAUCUUCGAUCAAUACAAGCGCUCAAUGGACAUUCCAGUUUAAAAUUCUUACAAGCAGAUAAUUGUCAAAUUGAACGUAUUCCUCGUAAUUUAUCACAACUAAUAAAUUUAUAUAUGUCCAACAAUAGUCUUACAGAUCUCUCUAAUAUUCACACAUUAGGUAAUAAAACGAACAAGAAAAAAUUGUUUUUCUUUGACAAUAAUUUUAUUCGUUAUUUAUCACCUCAUAUUCGUCAAGUGAAUAAUCUUAAUUUUCUCAAUCUUAACUACAAUAAAUUAUAUGUUUUACCAAUGGAUAUUUACGAAGUUUCAACAUUACAAACUUUAUAUAUUCAAAACAAUGAUUUUGGUGAUAAAGAUCUACAAGAAAUGGUUGCUAGAUUUGAUCGUACUCAUCCAAAAUUAAAAUUCUGUUAUGCAUCGAAAAAAUCUUGUUAA